AUGAAGGACGUGAAAAUUGAAGAUUGCGAGGCCGAAGCAGUAUAUCCUUUGAUAUCUGCGGAAUCAAAUUCACUUUUCGCUUUGAUGUGGACUCAGAACCUUGCAGCUUUGGCUGCUGGAACAGGCACGAAUGCUUCAACUAAUUCAUUUAUGCAGCCGUUGUUGAAUUCAACAUCAGGAACUUUGCAACAGCUCAAUCCGUUCUUGCAAACGCUUGCCGUACAAUCUGGAAUUGGUUUUUCCCCCAAAACGAAUAUGGCUGUCGCAUUUCCUUCCAAUAAAGAGGUUGAAGACACAGAUAAAGUUCUAUGCCGCAAUCCAGCUUCAACUGGAAGCGGAAAUGAGCAGGAGGCGAAGAGAAUACGUCUUUCUUCCCACUCAUUGAAGCCCUCUACAUCUCAACAUAUCAACACGGUUUUAGCUGUUGGUGGUGGUGUAUCUGGUAGUAACGGUGAUAUUACAGCAGGUGACAUUUUACUUUUAUCUCCACUGAAAGUAACUACUUUAGCAUAUAAUUUGCAAGUAAUUACGUGCAAUGAAGCAAGAUCCAAAGUUACACAAUUAUUUAUCGGAUGA